GCUAAGGCUGUAUCUCUGAUCGAAGCAGAGAGAACGCGAGGACGACUUGGAGGGAAAGGGAGCACGUCUCGUCUCGUCCAUAGGCGGGACAGCGAGGAAGGGAAAGAGGAGAGGAAGGGGAACACAAGAAGAAAGGAGAAGAGACGAAGAGGUGAUCAGUUUACUUAGGAUUCCUGGCCUUGGUAAGCAGAAGGCAUGGGCCCGAGUUUCCAUCUCUUUGUCAUCGGUCAUGCCUUCUGCUUCUGUGUCAGGUGGCGGCGGGGCUGCCGUCCGGAGCCACGCGUCUGAAGCGACGGAGAAAGCUUCUUGUCAAGAAGCAAAAGUUUUGGAGUCGAGGAUGACUUCGUCUGGCGACGCAAAAGCUAUAGAAUUACCAGUGGGGAGGAAGGAGGAUCAGGUGGAGAGGGAGGAGGAGGAGGUGGAGAGGGAGAGGGAGGAACAUCAGUCUCCAUCGCCAGUGCCAUCAGGAACAUCAGCAGCAGUGGGCACAGCAAGUACAGGAGGCGGAGGAGGUGGGGAGGAAGGAGGAUCAGGUGGAGAGGGAGGAGGAGGAGGUGGAGAGGGAGGUGCAGGAGCGCAGGAGGCGGGAAUGAUUGUGUCAGUGGAUGCAAGAGGUGAUAGGGAUGGAGGAGGAGGGGAGGGAGGAGGGGAAGGAGGAGGAGGAGGAGGAGGAGGAGGAGGCGACGAAAGUGCCGUGGUGAUGAGUGGACUGGCUGGUGAGCAGCUGAUCUCCAAUCCCGGAGGUUUGAUCGGACGGCCCUCGUUGUCAGUGACUGGCAUGACGGCGGAAAGGGAGAGUUUAGCGGGCGGUGGAGAAGGAGGAGGAAGAGGAGGAGGCGGAGGAGGCGGAGGAGGCAGAGGAGGAGAAGGAGCAGAAGGAGGAGAGAUGGAAGGAGGGGGAGAUGGAGGAGAAGGAAGAGGUGGCUUGCGAACGGAGAACGGGUGUGGAGAGGAGGGUGAAAAAGAUGGAAGGCUGGGUCGGCCAGUGACUGGCGGCCACGUGGCAGAGGCAAGUGGAGUUGCUUCGUGCGCGAAACCUGCUGCUGCUGCCUCGACGCCGCGUCCCGAUCGGGGUGAGGAGGGGGGGAUGCAGCAGGAAGCGGAAGAGGAGGAGGAGGAAGUAUCGUCCCCGUGCAAAGCGCUGGCGAAGGAGUGGGGUGCUGACGUGGAAGGGAAGGUUGUAGAGGAUCGGGGUCGGGACGGCUUGUCCUGUAGUGGAGUAAGGAGCGACGACGGCGCUGCUGCUGACGCAGAGCUGUCGAAGGAAGAGAAGAGAAGAGAAGGAGAGAGAGGACUAUCUCUUGAUCCUGGAGGGGAGAAGGGGGAGAAGGAGGAGGGGGAGAAGGAAGAGGGGGGGGUAGCAAUGGAGGUGGAGGAGAUUGCUCCUCCUGCUCUUCUGCCGCCGGCGGGGGAAUGCGACGAGGUGGUCGCUAUCGGGACGUCGGUGAUGCAGAGCGGUGUUGGCGCGCAGUUGGCGGGACCAGCGGAGAACGGCGGAGAACCUGGCGCAGCCGACGCAGCCGGCUGCAGCGGAGAGCGCCUGGGUGAAGCUGGAGGGGGUGGACAGGCGGAAGGCGUCGGAGGAGGGGGGGCGCAAGGAGGACGGGUGAGGGAUGGAGGCAGAGAAGGAGCAGGAGGAGGAGGAGGAGGAGAAGGAGGAGGAGGUGAUGGUGACACCGAGAAAUUGAAUAUGGACCGCGAGCAGUGGCUGCGUGAGGUUGGAGCGAAGGCGGGAGAGGUGGGGUGGGGACCACCAUAUGCGCCCCCUGGAUGGAGAUGGCGAGUUGGCCAUCGACAUCACAAUGGCAAAUGGAAAGACAGGUACUUGAUCUCUCCUGAUGGGAUAGAAUUCAAUAGCAAGAAGAAGCUGCUCAUUUACCUCGAGAGAGAGAAACCUGAUCUCGAUCGAGAUGCCUUUUUGGAUGGGUUUGAUUGGUCAGUUCGGGCUGCUACGCAAUCCACAGGAACGGAGACGGGUGGAGCUGACGAUGACGAUGAGGAUGACGUCAAUAAAAACCCAUUGCAAGAAAGUCGGCGCAAGCGGAAUCGGUCAAAGAAACCUGCAGCAAAUCCAAUGCCAGCGAAGAGGAAGAGGCAAAAGGGAGCUUUUCUGAUGGAUGGUGGACAGAAAGCUGGAUGCAGGAGAGGAAAUGCGUGGUGUGUAUUGGCUCAUUGGAUGGGGAAAAUGCGCAUGGGUGUGUGCGAUAUCUGUUGUCGAGAGCCCGGUUUCUGCCGGGGUUGCUCAUGUUUGCUUUGCGGGGAAGACUUGCGGCCAGAUCCACUUGGAGUGGAAGUCAUUCGGUGUAUGGGCACGCUGGAGCGAAGAGUGAAAGGGGGGGUUGCUGGUGGCUCUGGAGGGGCCACGGGAGGGUUAGCGGGAGGAGCCGUGGCCAAGGCCGGAGAUGGGGCAUGCCUUCAUGCAGUUCAUUUGAAAUGUGCCAUGGAAAACCGCGUGGCAGGUGUUGUCUGGGAGCUUUGUCUAGAUGCCGAGUAUCUUUGUCGUGCUUGUGAGACAGUUAGCAACUUGAUGCCUAUGUGGGGGCGACUGAUUGUGCUGGCGAUGGAUGGAACGGAUGAGGGGCUCUCGGCACGCACAGAAAUGUUGAAAACAUUGACAACGGCACUUCAUAUUUUGAAAGAAACAGAUCGGGAGGAUCUAGAAGGAGCUUUCAAGUUGGUCGAGCUAGUAAUCAAGCGGCUGAAGAGAACUGGGGAAGUUGGCCCUUGUCGAGAUCUGUUGAAGGAGAAGCUGGAUCUGGGUGGGCUAUGUGGGAGUGAUUUUGCGGAAGACAGGAUAGAUCGGUGCCGGACUGUUCAAACGAACGAAGAUGGGGGUGAAGCGCUGCUGGGAGCGCUGCGCCCCGCUAGUGUAAGCUGGCUGGACCGGCGCCGAAAGCACGAUGUGAGAGUGGGCGGAGUGUCGUACACAAUGGUGCUGGCGGUGGGCAGUGCGUUUAGGGUUGUGUGGUUACGUGGUGUUGCGGUUGCGAAGGGGGGGGCGCAGAGGUCGUUAUGGUGUAUGGUGAAGAUGACGAGAUUGCCCUGGCUACUCAUCGUGGCGGCUUCACGUGGUGAUCGAUCGGCGAGCGCGCUGGGGGCAUCUGCUGGAAGCGAUGGGUUCUACAUGCCGUUCUGUUCUAUGCGAUACUACUGCGGGGGGCUUGUCAUCACAAUAAGGGAGUCUUGGGUUCCCAUGGGUUUGCGAAUGGAUGAGGCCAGAACGACGGUGGUCGGUGCUGGGGGUUGGUCGCGCUGCCCUGUAACUCGAGUUAGUGAUUUGCAUGGCGACAAUGAUUCGAAGAUUGAAAUGGAGCGCAUUUGUGAAGAUGACGAGGGUGAUGUUGACAUGGAUAACGAGGUAUCGGUUGAUGCGGAAGGCUUGGUGGGAGAACGGGCGACGGAAGCGGUUGGCGAGUGCGGCAGAGGGCUGGAUGCCAUGCAGGGGGGGGAGUGCAGAACAGCAAACACGCAAAGGGGUAGUCCGAAUGGGGAGGCUGAAGGGCAUGGGAACAACGACGCAAUGGAAGUGGACUGUUCCGACGGAAAGAAACCCCUUAAAUCGCUGGGGGAUGAUGAUAAUAACAGAUGCUCUGGAGGAGGUGGCUUAGACAAUGGAGGCAUGACAUGUGACGGAGAUGAUAGGGCGGGAGGCGGAGAAGAGGCCGUGUGUAUGGGAGGGGUGGCAGUUGCGCCGAACGAGAGUACGGGUAGGGGAGGGGUCGAGGGGUGUGACAAUGCUGAGGUAGGUACGGGUAAGCGAGCGGUCGAGGGGUGUGACAAUGCUGAGGUAGGUAUGGAUAAGGGAUCGGUCGAGGGGUGUGGCAACGCUGAGGUAGGUGGAACAAGCACAAAUGACCCAGAUGAUGAGACGACUGCGGCCAAUGAACUGGGGGGCAGUUCUGAAAACGGUCAAACAGAUCCCAAAGGAAAGGUUGUAGUAUUGGGCCACCUCCAAAAGGAGGAGGGGGAAAGAAAUGACAAGCUUGAUGUUGUUGCUAUCAAUAGAGUAGUAGAUGGAGGCAGCUCUGCGGCACAGGAAGCUAGGCACAACAGUUCGCAGGUGUCUAAAGGUGCUGAAAAUGGUACGGUCGAGUUGUCGAUGGGUGAGGAGGUACCCGAAAGGAACCGGUAUCCGGGCGGGCAAUUGAGCAGGAGUUCAUUUGCAGUUUUGGAAGAAGGGAAUUGUGGCGGCGGACAGGGAGGAGAAGUACGCGAUAAAGGUCAGGACGCCCUCGCAGCAGAGUUGUGCAGCGUGGAUGGUGGCGAUCCCGACGAAGGGGAGAUUCCGACCGUAAGGGUAAACCUGUUGGGGGGGCAUGAAUCGAAAGCAUCCUCGAGGAAGGACCUAUCGUGUGCCGUCCUCGGUCCGGAGGUUGAGAACGUGCUUAGACGAACGUUGGAGGAGUUCAGGAAAUCUCAGGCAAGGGAGUACUCGAUGGUGGAGAAGUGUUUGCGUAAUCAGAAAGAACGUGUGCACUUGGAAUACCGAAAACUGGGUAGUAUGCUCGAUAACCUUGCGAAGUCGACGGAAAGCGCUAUCGACAGAGGCGGGGGGGCGAGUGUCUCCGUCCUGCAGCUGGAGUGCUGGCAGUCGCUUGUCGAAGAGAUAAACUUGCAGAGAUCUCUUGCGAAGGAGGAGGUCAAGCGCUUUCAUAAAAUGCUUGGGAUUUAUAAAGGGUUUUCUGUCGUCGGAAGUGACCUUGUUAAAGAGUUUGUUGCAUCCCCAGGGGGUGUUGUUGAGAAGGAAACGUCGCUGCCAACUGCUGGACAUCCUGGAAAAGGGUAAUCAUCAGAAGGUGCGAAAGGCAUCAAGGUGAGUGGGUGAGUGGGUGAGUGGGUGGGUGGGUGGGGUACCUUGGACAGAGAAGCUGGCAGUGACUCCAGAACCUUGUUGUGAGGGAAGCUAGCUAAUGUUCUUCUUCUGAGAGAACUUGACAUGGAGGGCGGCGACCGGUAGGUUGUGUUUGGAUGCCUUGGAGCAGGCGCAGGUUCUGAUAUCAAAACCAGCUGCGCCAGUUGCAGCAGUAGAAGCAGAAGCAGAAGCAGUUCAUUGUAUUAGAGGUAGUGGUUUUUCGGAAACGUUUUUUUUUUUUUUUUUUUUUUUUGUUUUUUUUUUUUUUUUUCGUUUUGUUCUUGAUAUCGUAGUUGGGAAUGACACAUGGAGUGUUGUUAGCCAGCCGCGGUUGACCUCAGGAGGUUUGAGCUUGAGAGAUUGCUCAGCUUGUGCCGCGGGACAGCCGACUUUAACGAAACGGGCUUUUCCUCCCUACUUUUGCUUUACCCUCCUGUGUCUUUUCGCCGAUAGAUGUGUGCUUCCAAAAUUGCAAAGAUCAUUGCAGUUGUCAAUCCAGCAGGUGCAGAAGGAACAGAAGAUUCUUCUCGGUCUGUCGUUGUCUAACUUCACUGGUGUGACCGUGUUGCAGGAAUGUGUGGGCAAGUGAUACCUAUGCCCAGGUUUGACCCGUGGCCCGCGUUGUACUGUGUCAUACGGAUGCGCCCAGGAAUGCGAGCAAGUGGUGGAGAAGCUAACAGGUGAAAAAAAAACACGUGUCGGAAACAACGCACACCGGUUGAGGGACGUGCAAUGACUAUGCCAUUGCACAAUUGCUCUCUGUGUAUGGUUGUGUGUUUCGGUCUGUGUCAUAUUGUGCAUGUGUGUGUGUGUGUGUGUGUGUGUGUGUGUGUGUGUGUGUGUGUGAGAGAGAGAGAGAGAGAGAGAGAGAGAGAGAGGUGGGUUGGCCUUCUGAGGAUGGACUUUCAAGGAGUGGCUGUCGUGCGAACUUUCACGAUGUUUCUUCUUUUGGAGGUCCAAGAUUUCAAGGAUCGGUCAGUUCUCUGCGAUUUGAAGCUGAACCUAUUUGAGAAAGCCAUUGUGCUGACUGUAGGGCAUACUUCAAUCUCUUGACUCUCUCUUCGUUGUGAUUGAAUUCACAUCCACUAGAUUAG